UGAGUAUGUUUAUAUUGUGCGCGCCCUCUAUCGUUCUCUUUUGGCAUUUUCAGUGCUCUUGGCAAGAUUGGAUGCUGUUUUUUCCUCAAAAAAGGAAUAUCUAGAAGCACACAAUAUGCCCAACUACUCGUCAGCCAUCAUACGCACGCGUAAGUUCAUGACAAACCGUCUCCUGUGCCGGAAACAGAUGGUUUGUGAUGUUCUCCACCCGGACCUGUCGUCAGUACCGAAGAAGGAAAUUCGGGACAAGCUGGCGGGCAUGUACAAAGUAACCCCAGAUGUGGUGUUUGUUUUUGGUUUCCGCACGGACUUUGGUGGUGGCCGUUCCACGGGAUUCGCCCUCAUCUACGACACCCUGGACUAUGCAAAGAAAUUCGAACCCAAACACCGUCUGGCCAGGCAUGGUCUCUACGAGAAGAAGCGCCCAUCGAGGAAGCAGCGCAAGGAACGCAAGAAUCGUAUGAAGAAGGUACGCGGCACGAAGAAGGCCAAGGUGGGUGCUGCCGCGAAGAAGUAAAUUGUCCGAUGAUGUGAAGAAAAUGAGGAAAAAAAAAUAAAGGCAAUUCCGGGCUGAAAA